UCAAAACUCUUGUGAUCGACUUCCAACCACCCAGUUCUGGAAGGUGGUUACACCCAGUCCUAAUCGGGAUCAGGCACGGGCGCUACCACGGUCUGGGCCCAAGGGGAGCCUGCGAUCCGGAUGUGACAGGACACUGACCCGGAAGAGUAGACGGCGAGGGCACUGGGGCUUCGGCCAUGGAGGGAGCUGGCUACAGGGUGGUGUUCGAGAAGGUGGGCGUGUACCUGCACACCAGCGCCAGGAAGCACCAGGACCCGGACUCUCUCAUCGCCGGUGUCAUUCGUGUUGUGGAGAAGGACAACGACGUCCUCUUGCACUGGGCUCCUGUAGAGGAGGCUGGAGAUUCCACCCAGAUUCUCUUCUCCAAGAAGGAGACCACUGGCGGUGACCCCUGCACCUCUGAAGAGGAACCAACCUUUGACCCCGGCUAUGAGCCUGACUGGGCUGUCAUCAGCACCGUGCGGCCCCGGCCCCACUGCUCUGAGCCCACGAGAGGCGCAGAGCCCAGCUCCCCUCGGGGUUCCUGGGCCUUCUCAGUGAGUCUGGGGGAGCUCAAGUCCAUUCGCCGGUCCAAGCCAGGCCUCAGCUGGGCCUACCUGGUCCUGGUGACUCAGGCUGGAGGCUCCCUUCCUGCCCUGCAUUUCCACCGUGGGGGCACUCGCGCCCUGCUCCGCGUCCUCAGCCGCUACCUGCUGUUGGCCAGCUCCCCGCAGGACUCGCGCCUGUACCUGGUCUUCCCCCAUGACUCUUCCGCCCUCUCCAACUCCUGCCACCACCUGCAGCUCUUUGACCAGGACAGCUCCAAUGUGGUGUCUCGCUUCCUGCAGGACCCCUACUCCACCACCUUCAGCAGUUUCUCCCGAGUCACCAACUUCUUCCGAGGAGCCCUGCAGCCGCACCCAGAGGAGGGGGCCUCUCCUGACCUCCCCCUGCCCCCUGAAGAUGAACCUGAGCCCGGGUUCGAGGUCAUUUCCUGUGUAGAGCUGGGGCCCCGACCAGCUGUGGAGCGGGCGUCCCCGGUCACAGAGGAGGAGUGGGCCCGUCACCUGGGCCCUGAGGGCCGCCUGCAGCAGGUCUCUGAGCUCAAGGCGCGGAUCUUCUCAGGGGGUCUGAGCCCUGGCCUGAGGCGAGAGGCCUGGAAGUUCCUCCUGGGCUACCUGAGCUGGGAGGGCUCGUCUGAGGAGCACAAGGCCCACGUCCGCAAAAAAACGGACGAGUAUUUCCGCAUGAAGCUGCAGUGGAAAUCUGUGAGCCCUGAGCAGGAGCGGAGGAACUCACUACUGCACGGUUACCGCAGCCUCAUCGAGAGAGAUGUGAGCCGCACCGACAGGACCAACAAAUUCUAUGAGGGGCCGGAGAACCCGGGGCUGAGCCUGCUCAAUGACAUCCUCCUCACCUACUGCAUGUACCACUUUGACCUGGGUUACGUCCAGGGCAUGAGCGAUCUCCUCUCUCCAAUCCUUUACGUCACCCAGAAUGAGGUGGAUGCCUUCUGGUGUUUCUGCGGCUUCAUGGAGCUUGUGCACGGCAACUUCGAGGAGAGUCAGGAGACGAUGAAGCGGCAGCUUGGGCAGCUCCUGUUGCUCCUCCGGGUGCUGGACCCCCCACUCUGUGACUUCCUGGACUCCCAGGAUUCUGGGUCCCUCUGCUUCUGCUUCCGGUGGCUUCUCAUCUGGUUCAAGAGGGAGUUCCCUUUCCCGGAUGUCCUUCGGCUGUGGGAGGUGCUGUGGACAGGGCUCCCAGGCCCCAAUCUCCACCUGCUGGUGGCCUGUGCCAUCCUGGACAUGGAGCGGGACACCCUCAUGCUCUCAGGCUUCGGCUCCAAUGAGAUCCUCAAGCACAUCAAUGAGCUGACCAUGAAGCUGAGCGUGGAGGACGUGCUGACUCGAGCAGAGGCUUUGUACCACCAGCUGACUGCCUGCCCGGAGCUGCCCCAUAACGUGCAGGAGGUCCUGGGCCUGGCACCACCCACUGAGCCCCACAGCCCCUCACCCCCCAUUUCCCCACUGCCGCUGUCGCCCACCCGGACCCCACCUGCCCCAGCACCUCCCUUGGACACAGCCCCGCAGCCAGACAGCAGCCUGGAGAUCCUGCCGGAGGAUGAGGAAGAGGAGAAUGCCCACCCCUGACCAGGAUCCGUGGCUGCCUGGCACAGGCACUUUAUCGCCCAGAUUGAGGAUGGAGCUGGGGGGCAUCCCUGCCACUAAUCCCCGCAAUCUCCGGGGCUGCUGUAAUUAGGCUGACACAUUAGACUGCCACAUGGACUCCAGCCAGCUGCCGGUGGGUGGAGGGCAGAGGCUGUCACACUGCCUUGGACCCAGCUGGGCCCAGGGUGAGGACAGGCUGCCCCGCUGUCCUCUGUCAUCCCCACUGUCAGCGAGACCCCAGAGGAGGCUGGGCUCCCUUGCCUUGAGGGAGGUUGGGGUUUUUGGAGGGGGGAGGGGCCCACAAUAGCCCUCCCCUCAGUAGCUGUGUGCUGAGGGGAGGAAGGAUAAUAAAGUGUUUAACCUGUGGAA